AUGGCAGUGUAUGGUAGUAUAUCUUACUGGAAUGAACGAUACACAAAUGAAGAAGAGCAGUUCGAUUGGCACCAAAAAUGGUAUGGAGUAAAGCAUAUUUUCACAGAGCUGGACAUAAAAAAUGAUGCAAAAAUUUUAAAUGUUGGAUGUGGAACCUCAAAAUUUAGCGAAGAAAUGCUUGAUAGUGGCUAUACCGAUAUAACCAACAUAGACGCAUCCUCUGCGUGCAUAAAAAAAAUGAAAGAAAUAUAUAAAGAUAAACCAAAUUUAAAAUACAUGUUAAUGAACGUCUGUGAUAUGAAGGAAUUUAAAAAUGCAGAAUUUGAUUUAAUUAUAGACAAAGCAUGUUUAGAUUCUAUAGUAUGCUCAGAGGACUCUUUAAAGUACAUUGAAGAGAUGUUGUCGGAAGUAUCAAGGAUUUUAAAAUCUGAAGGUACUUUUGUAGUUAUUUCUCAUGCCCAACCAACUUAUCGAUUAGGGUAUUUACAAAAACAAGAUUAUAAGUGGAACGUCACGAUCAAAACAGUUAAACGACCCAUGUUAGGGAUUGUGACUGCUCCUAUAGAUGAUAACCUACACUAUGUUUACAUUUGUACAAAGGGGAAUACAAAAACACAACAAUAA